UUUGUAGCAAAGGCUUGGAAAAAUGUUACUGAAAAUGUAAUUAUUCAUGCAUGGCAAAAAACAGAGAUUCUUCCUUCAACAGAUCUUGAAUCUUCAAUUAAACCUAAUGAUAAUGAUGAAGUUGAUAUUUCUACACGCAAAUUUAUUGAAAUUAAUAACAAAUAUAUGACAAGUGAAAUUACCAAAAUUGAAGAUAUUAUAGCAGAAAUACAAGAAGAAGAUGAUGAGAAAGAACCUGAAAAGCCAGUUAAAUCUGUUACAACUGUUCAAGCAAUUGCUGGA